GACAACCCCUCUCUCUCUCCCUAGAAGAGACGAGUGGAAAUUGAAUUGGAGUCCAUUCCACCCUGCAGUGAGAGGAGAGGAGACUAGGAGAGAUUUCUGCAGAAGUACAGAGUCACAUGCCUUGGAUAGUGGAGGCAAGAGGCGACAGGCGACAGCGAGAAAGAAAAAAGAAGUGAGAGAAAGGAGAAGCCCUUCGCGUCUUGUUCGCUUGCACCCUUUUUGUUCUUGCGGUUAUUACCUCCGCCUUGCCUUCAAUGCUACCGCGUUACUGCUGGAUCUGAGAGACCCACCGCGUCGGCCUCUGCGUUGAAGCUAAUCUUAACUCCUGCUUCUCCAAGAUUCUGCUUUUUUUUUCCUUUCGGAAUUCUGUCUUCCGUUGCUGCUUCAAUUCUUCUGUCCGUGGGAAAGGUGGGAUCUUGGCUAAGUUUCUGGAAGAUUUAAUUCCUUUUAUUCUCCGUUAGUUUUCGGUGUUGAAGAGAAGCAGCCUCUGUUUGCGAAUGCAGUGCUGUGCGUUUUGAUUUGAGCGAGAAGCUUUUCGUGCGGUGCUCGAGGUGAGAUUUCUUGUAUUUUGCCGCCUCCGCCUUCUUGCACCGGCAAGAGAGAGAAGGAAAGAGGCUGAAUUUCGCUUGGUUGCCGCGCAAAUCUGCGAGAUUUUCUCGCGGAGAAGCUCAAUUCUUCCUUGAAUUUCGGUGUGUGACAUGAUUCUCUGCUCCAUUUCCAUCAAGAAGACAGCAGCUACGACGGCUCUGUAGCACUAGCCUACUAGGGUCCAAUGGCAUCCUCGCCUUCUCCCUCCCCGGGCAUCACCAAGGCCUCGCCAGUCACGUCACCGCCGUUCACUACAACCCCGUCGCUGGCAAGCUCUACGCCGCCGCCUUCCACGCCCACCCCGGCCUCCCCUGCUCCGGUGACGCAGCCCAAUGCCACCCCGGCCGACCCCUCCUCGCCGUCGGCUGCGCCCCCUCCCGUUCCCUCCGCAACCGUGCCGCCCCCGCAAUCCGCUUCGCCACCGCCCUCCUCUCCGCCGCCGGCUCCUCCGGUCACCAUGCCGCCACCGCCAGUAGCUGCUGCUUCUCCACCACCCGCCCCAGCAGCCGUAGUACCGCCACCCUCGCCGCCGGCUGCAGUGCCGUCACCACCUACACUUGUUGCCCCUCCAAAGGCGUCACCUUUGCUCCCCCCUGCAGCCGCGUCACCACCCCCAUCCAAUUUGCCGGCACCCAACCCGCCGGCUGAGCAAACGCCGCCAACAGUAGUGCCGCCGCCUCCACCACAGCGUCACCGGCUACCAAGAACGCCUGGAACUCAGCCAGAACCUCCACCUCUGGCGCCACCACCUUCUGGAAUUCCUGUCAACCCUUCUCCAACUAGUCCCUCGCCGAGCUCCAGAGAUCCUUUGAUCCCUACUCCCACUAACCCCUCGCCACCCGGGGAGACACCUUCCACCCCAGGCUCUGGUUCUCCAUCGGUACCAGCCCCAGCAACGGCAGUUGAUCCAGCCAACCCGGCAACGAUAGGGAACCAGGGUUCCAACAAGUCAUCGAGUCCAGCCACGGACAGCAGCAGCUCCUCACUAAGCAGUGGUGGAAUGACUUCUGGUGCAAAGGCAGGCAUUGGUGUAGUCAUUGCCAUUCUUGUGCUUAGCUUGGUUGGAGCUGCAUUUUGGUACAAGAAGAGGCGGAGGAGAGUGCAUGGUUACCAUGCUGGUUUCGUGAUGCCUUCACCUGCCUCAUCUCCUACACAAGUGUUAGGGUAUUCAGCUAAAAGUAACUAUAGUGCUGGGACUCUUGAGUCGAAAGAAUCAAUGCCAGAGUUCAGCAUGGGUAACUGUCGGUUCUUUACUUAUGACGAAUCGUAUCAGAUCACAAAUGGUUUCUCAGCUCAGAACCUGCUAGGAGAAGGUGGGUUUGGAUCAGUGUACAAGGGUUGCUUGGCUGAUGGAAGAGAGGUCGCAGUUAAGAAACUGAAAGAUGGUGGUGGACAGGGAGAACGCGAGUUCCAUGCUGAAGUGGAGAUUAUCAGCCGCGUGCAUCAUCGCCAUCUAGUUUCUCUUGUAGGGUAUUGCAUUUCGGAUGACCAGAGAUUGCUUGUCUACGAUUUUGUGCCUAACAACACUCUGCACUAUCAUCUUCAUGGACGUGGAGCGCCAGUUUUGGAAUGGCCAGCUAGGGUUAAAAUUGCAGCCGGCUCGGCUCGGGGAAUAGCCUAUCUUCAUGAAGAUUGCCAUCCCCGAAUAAUUCACCGAGAUAUAAAAUCCUCUAAUAUUUUGCUGGAUAAUAACUUUGAAGCGCAGGUCGCCGAUUUUGGCCUUGCAAGGUUAGCUCUAGAUGCUUGCACGCAUGUAACUACACGGGUGAUGGGAACUUUUGGGUACCUGGCUCCAGAGUACGCCUCGAGUGGCAAGUUGACUGAAAGAUCUGAUGUAUUCUCUUUCGGGGUUGUUCUCUUGGAGCUUAUUACUGGUAGAAAGCCUGUUGAUGCAUCAAAGCCAUUGGGUGAUGAGAGCCUUGUUGAGUGGGCUAGGCCAUUGCUCACGCAAGCUCUUGAGACUGGCAAUGUAGGGGAGUUGGUGGACGCCAGACUCAACAAGAACUAUAAUGAAGUUGAAAUGUUCCGUAUGAUUGAAGCUGCUGCAGCUUGUAUUCGACAUUCAGCAUCCAGGAGACCGAGGAUGAGUCAGGUGGUUCGAGUUCUUGAUAGCUUAGCUGAUGUUGAUCUAGCGAACGGUGUUCAGCCAGGUAAGAGUGAGCUGUUCAACGUUGCGAACACGGCUGAGAUCAGGCUGCUUCAGCGGAUGGCAUUUGGCAGCCAAGAUUUCACAACUGAUUUCAGCCAGUCUAGCUGGAACAGCCAGAGUAGGGGUCUUGAUGCCUCUGGUUCAAGGUAAUUGUAAUCAUCAUUGUAAAUUCGUAACCUAACUAGCUAGGGCAUUUUGUAUUGAAUUUAUCUCAUGUGAUUCUGAGUGGAUCAGUCUUGUUGUUGUUUUUUUCCCCC